UGUGGGACAGCACCUGACGCUGGGCUCCUCGCUCUUCCGGAAACUGAGCUGCGUGCGGACCCGCAAGCGGUGGCGGGGCGCGGGCUGCUACCGAGGGAACAGGGGACCGGGGCCUGGCUCCCGCGUCCUGCUGGAGCGCCAUGGACGAGGCCGGCAGCUCUGCGAGCGCCGGGGGCUUCCGCCCGGGCGUGGACAGCCUGGACGAGCCGCCCAACAGCCGCAUAUUCCUAGUGAUCAGCAAGUACACGCCCGAGUCUGUGCUGAGGGAGCGCUUCUCGCCCUUCGGGGACAUCCAGGACAUCUGGGUGGUGCGGGACAAGCACACCAAAGAGUCCAAGGGCGUCGCCUUCGUCAAGUUCGCCCGCAGCUCGCAGGCCUGCCGGGCUAUGGAGGAGAUGCACGGACAGUGCCUUGGCCCCAACGACACCAAGCCCAUCAAGGUUUUCAUUGCUCAGUCUAGAUCAUCAGGAAGUCACCGAGAUGUUGAAGAUGAAGAACUUACAAGAAUCUUUGUUAUGAUACCAAAGUCCUAUACAGAAGAAGACCUACGAGAGAAAUUUAAGGUGUAUGGAGAUAUUGAGUAUUGCAGCAUUAUUAAGAAUAAAGUCACUGGAGAAAGUAAAGGUUUGGGCUAUGUACGAUAUUUAAAACCAUCACAAGCUGCCCAAGCAAUAGAAAACUGUGAUAGAAGUUUUAGAGCACUCUUGGCUGAACCUAAAAAUAAAGCAUCUGAGACCUCAGAACAAGAUUAUUAUAGUAGCAUGAGGCAAGAGGCUUUGGGGCACGAACCUAGAGUAAAUCUGUUUCCAAUCGUUGGAGAACAACAAUCUGAGUUUUCAGGUUUUGAGAAGAAUGACAGCAGAGGCCAGGAAGCUAUCUCCACACGCCUGUCAGUUGUGUCAAGAGUCCCCUUCACAGAAGAGCAGCUUUUCAGCAUUUUUGAUAUAGUCCCAGGACUGGAGUAUUGCGAAGUUCAACGAGAUCCUUAUUCAAAUUAUGGGCAUGGUGUGGUUCAGUAUUUCAAUGUAGCAUCAGCUAUUUAUGCAAAAUACAAAUUGCAUGGAUUUCAGUACCCUCCUGGGAAUCGGAUAGGCGUUUCCUUCCUUGAUGACGGGAGUAACUCAGCAGAUCUCCUUAGAAAAAUGGCAACACAGAUGGUAACUGCACAACUUGCAUCCAUGGUGUGGAAUAACCCAAGUCAGCAGCAGUUUCUGCAAUUUGGAGGAAGUUCUGCAUCACAGGUGCCUCAAAUCCAGACAGAUGUUAUACUUCCAUCAUGCAAAAAAAAAGCCCCUCCUGAAACUCCUGUGAAAGAGAGACUCUUUAUCGUGUUUAAUCCUCAUCCUUUACCAUUAGACAUAUUAGAGGAUAUAUUCUGCCGUUUUGGUAACCUCAUCGAAGUUUAUCUUGUGUCAGGAAAAAAUGUGGGCUAUGUCAAGUAUGCAGAUAGAAUUAGUGCUAAUGAUGCCAUCACAACUUUACAUGGAAAGAUUCUGAAUGGGGUCAGACUUAAGGUGAUGCUAGCAGAUUCCCCAAGAGAAGAAUCUAACAAGCGGCAGAGAACUUACUGAUUCUUAAG